GCUGAUUCAGUUUCAGUACAGCUGCAGCAGAAAUCCAGAAAUUGAGGUUAUGCUAGGUAGAAGAUUUUUUAUGAUUUAUGUCUCAUAAUAGUUCAAAGUAUUGUAUUUUUAUUCUAUCCAAAUCUUAUUUAUACAACUUCGAGAAUUAACCAAUCCAUCAAUUACAAUAAUAUUUUAUCAACUCGAAAUAAGUUUUCAACUAAAAAAAGAUACUAGGCAGAUGUGUUUACAUUUCUUGUACUUCAUACAAAAAGAUACCAUGUCUACAACCUGAGUUUGUAAUAUUCAUAUUUGAUUAUAAGGAGGAAUGCCGAUAUGGUAAUUCACAGUGGAGAAUCUAGUUUUAAGGGAGAUUCUUACGGACGAGCUUCUUCACCAUUUUUACCACCACCAGUAACACACAGAAAGGACUGCAUGUCUGCUGCCGUGAAACGCUACAGAUAUUUACGGAGGCUGUUCAAGUUCGAACAGAUGGACUUUGAGUUCGCUUUCUGGCAGAUGACCUAUUUGUUUAUUGCGCCCAAGAAGGUCUAUAGAAAUUUCAAUUACAGAAAAGAGACAAAGUCACAAUUUGCCAGGGAUGAUCCUGCAUUUCUAGUUUUACUCAGCUUUUGGCUGUGUGUGUCGAGUAUUGGAUUCGUUUUUGUAUUGGGACUUGGUUUUUGGGAGUUUUUCAAAUUUCUGUCAUACUUAAUCUUUGUGGACUGCAUAGCACUUGGAAUCUGCGCUGCCACCGUUCUAUGGAUAAUAAGCAAUAAGUACUUUUUGAAACCUGGAUGUAUGGGGCAGGACGUGGAAUGGGCCUACGCUUUUGACAUACAUCUGAACGCUUUCUUCCCGACCUUGAUCAUACUACAUGUACUCCAGUUGUUCUUCUACCAUGUAUUCAUCAGCCAUGACUGGUUUUUGUCGCGGCUAUUUGGAAAUACUCUUUGGCUGAUUGCCAUUGGCCAAUAUGUUUACAUCACAUUUCUCGGAUAUACAUGCCUACCAAUACUCCACAGGACGCAUGUACUGAUGUACGCACUUGUUCCAGUCUUCUUCAUGUAUAUAGUGUCUCUGGCAUCAGGCUGGAAUAUCAUUCAAACAUUCAUGGACUUCUAUCACUACAGAGUUCUUUAGAUAGAGAAAAGCAUUGUUUAAAUCCGACACCAUUGUCGAAAUACAUUCACUCUUUCACGGUACAUUGAGUUAAUAUUAUUUGCUGUUAUAUGUUUGUUUUGAAGCUAGAUUGUAAAUAAUUUAUUAGGUAUAUAGUAUUUAUAAUAUCAAUAAAUUACUAUUUUUAACAAA